AUGAGACUCACUGCCCAGGUGAUAAAUGAUGCGCCAAAAGUAUUGAACCCAGAAAAGCUAUACACAAUCCAGUUGCGUGGGCUACACAUACAAUAUCUCGAGAACUUGGGCAUCACAAACGACAAGUUUGAGGUUUUGGACUUUACGGGAAAUGACUUGGUAACAGUAGGAAAUAUUCCGCGGCUUGCCAAUGCCAAAACCCUCUUAUUUGGCAACAACAAGAUUGUGAGGGUUGAGGAUUUGGGCGAUAACUUGCCCCAGGUGCAAUCUAUACUGUUUAUGGCUAACGAAAUUGCAUCUCUCAAGUCGAUCGUUUCGCUCGCAAAAUUGAAAAAUCUCCACAAUCUCAUACUAAUUGAUAAUCCGGUCACUAGAAUACCGUACUACCGACUAUUUGCCAUUUGGACGAUUCCUUCGCUUCAAAGUCUUGAUUUUGAAAAAGUGAAAAAUAGAGAAAGAGAAGCGGCAGAGACGCUUUUUGGCACAGCCUCCGAACCAAAACCGCUCGUUGAAGAACUUCUUACCAACAACAACGCUGCGCACGAGCCGGUGGGGGUUGCUAGUGGCGCUUCCAGCAAGCUCACGGAACAACAGAAACAAGAAUUGAUCAAGCAACUCGAAACUGCCCAAGACAUUGAAGAGAUAGAACGAAUAGAAAUGGCGUUGGCGACCGGAUACUUGGAAAAACGAAUAUAG